CAGUAGUUUAAGAUACUUUGAAUUAUCCAGGGAAUGUCUAGACCAGGUGCUAAAUAAGUCUAAAGAUACCAACUUAUUCCAAGAAUGUAGAAUGUUCAAACCUAUCAUGAUAUUUUCAGGGAAGAAGAACCACAACAUGGCCAGGGAGCUGCUUGUCAGUCGACCAGUAACUCAACAUAUACAUGUACCACUGCGUCAAUGGAAGUAAACAUAAAGCAGACUUGGACGAAUUGUCUAACAAAAGGCUUGAUAAGUCUGAGAGGUGAGAUGGAUUCAGAAUUUGCUUCGAAGAAGAAGACUCACAAGGCACUAUGGAAAGAAAUAUCAGUUAAACUAAAGGAGAUCCACAACUUUACUGGUGAUUGGUUCCAGUGCCAAUCCAAAUUUAACAAGCUAACCGCAAAGUAUAAAGCUGUUGAAGAUGCCAACAGAAAAUCAGGUGAAAAGCGGAGGUCUAUGGAAUUCCAUUCUGAAAUGAUGGAAGUUAUGGGGGAUGACCCAAAAAUAACCCCUCUAAAGACAGUGUCUGUAGGUGUGGGAAAGGGUGUGAAUGUUGUUUGUGGUGAGAAAGAUGAUGGUGAGAAGGGGUGUGAGAUUGUCAAAGCAAGGGGUGAGAGAGAGAAGAAAGCCAGCAAGCGGAAGAGAGAAGAUGAGUUGUUUGAGUUGUUGACGGAGGUGAGGGAUGAUAGGAGAAGGUUUCAAGAGGAGCAGGUAAGAAUGAAUGAAAGAAAGCUUGAAAUAAUGGAGAGGUUGGUUUCUCUGUUUGAUAGAUAGAUAGAUGUUAUUUUGCAUUUCCUUAAGGUGGUAUGGGACAUUAGUCGAUAUCAAUGUGGAUUAAAGUACAUUAAAAUUAAAAUGCUUUCAACAGUUUAGAAUUUUCAAAUUUUACAAUAUUUUGCCAAAAAAUAUGUCUUGAUAAUUUUUGAAAAGGUAAAAGGUUUAAAGACCCCAGCUGGAUUGGAACUCAUGACUUACAGUUUUAAAGCAUAUCCUCUAACCAACUGCGUUACGCUUAAUGUUCUAUUGCGAGAAAGACACUGUUUAUAAAAUUACA